AGAAAACAACAAACACCAUCGUUCGUAACCACCUUUUCCCCCCCACUCUCUCUUUCUUCGCAUUUUCAUUUUUUUCAUUUGCACGCAAAGCAACAACACCAUGAUGACGACGUUGUGGUUCUCUCUUGCGGUUGUACUUCUCUUGUGGUCCCCACCGUCUUCCUCCGCCGCUACCAUCAACGAUGAGAUAGCUAAGAAUCUAAUUAGAAACCUCAACCUCUUCCCUUCUCACGAUAUCAACAUACUCGACGCCAAACCCAAUGUGGAGGAGAAUCAGAACAACAACAAGAUCAUCGUUGAGAAGCCGCUUAAGUUUCCAAAUUUCUCCGGCGAAUACGACGAAGGAGUUUGCAUUGAUGACUUGGCUCAUCGUGCUGGAUAUUAUCCCAUUCAACACUCUCAUGCUGCUAAGAUGUUCUACUUUUUCUUUGAAUCCCGGAAAAACAAGAAGGAUCCUGUUGUGAUAUGGUUGACAGGUGGACCUGGCUGUAGCAGUGAAUUGGCUGUGUUUUAUGAAAAUGGCCCUUUCAAAAUUGCUAACAAUUUGUCCCUUGUAUGGAAUGAAUUUGGUUGGGACAAGGUAUCUAACCUCCUCUAUGUUGACCAACCAACUGGAACUGGCUUCAGUUACACUACCGAUAAGCGUGAUAUUCGUCAUGAUGAAGAUGGUGUCAGCAAUGACCUCUAUGACUUUUUACAGGCCUUCUUUGGUGAACAUCCCGAAUAUGCUACAAAUGACUUUUUUAUCACGGGUGAAUCAUAUGCCGGACAUUAUAUUCCGGCUUUUGCUGCUCGUGUCCACAAGGGAAACAAAGCUAAAGAAGGGAUUCAUAUAAACUUGAAGGGAUUUGCCAUUGGUAAUGGACUCACUGAUCCUGCAAUUCAGUAUAAAGCUUACGCAGAUUAUGCACUAGACAUGGGUGUAAUUAAACAGGCUGACUAUGACCACAUCAACAAAGUGAUGGUUCCAGCCUGUGAAUUGGCAAUCAAACUAUGUGGCACAGAUGGAAAAAUCGCAUGCACAGCUUCGUAUUUUGUUUGUAAUACUAUAUUCAAUUCCAUCAUGUCACAUGCUGGUGAUAUCAAUUACUACGACAUCCGAAAGAAGUGUGAUGGGAAUCUUUGCUAUGAUUUUUCGAACAUGGAGAAAUUCCUGAACCAAGGAUCUGUUCGGAAGGCACUAGGGGUUGGUGAUAUUGAUUUUGUGUCGUGUAGUUCUACAGUUUAUCAGGCUAUGCUGGUGGAUUGGAUGAGGAAUCUUGAAGUCGGUAUUCCUGCCCUGCUUGAGGAUGGAAUCAAUUUGCUUGUUUAUGCUGGGGAAUAUGAUCUCAUCUGCAACUGGCUUGGUAAUUCGAGAUGGGUUCAUGCCAUGGAAUGGUCUGGCCAGAAAGAAUUUGCAGCCUCAUCCGAAGUUCCUUUCACAGUUGAUGACUCAGAAGCUGGAGUAUUGAAGAAUUAUGGACCUCUUAGUUUUCUAAAGGUUCGUGAUGCUGGUCAUAUGGUUCCAAUGGACCAGCCCAAAGCUUCCUUACAAAUGCUGAAGAAGUGGACUCGGGGAACCCUUUCCAAAUCUGGAGCUGAUGAGGAAAUAUUGGUUGCAGAGAUGUAAUCUCUUCUUGCAAUUAGUCUAACAUCAAUUUGAUGAAAUGAAAAGAGAACUCCAACUAGUGGGAUGUUUGUUCUACUAAACAAAAUUCAUACCAUCUUAAGUGACAGAAUCAAGGCAAUGCAAGAAAAGAAUGAUUUAUAUAUAAUGUUAUGUCUAUAUAUGGUGUUUUGGUAAAAUCUGAUGUGUAGGUUGCUUACUCCCCAAACUACAAUCUAAUGUUUAAAUAGAAUGCAAACAAUAUAAGGAGUUGACGUAUUUAUUUAAUAAACAAUAUAUUGUUUAAACGU